GUUGGUCAUGCUUUGUGAGUCUCAGAAAUAAAAAUGUUGAAUAUAGUUGUAGAUUUAAGUUUCUACAGUAAAGAUUCAAAUAAUAUGGCGUCCCAAAGUUGGGAAAGAGUUCAUGUCAGCAGUGUUUCUGGAUAACGUCAGAGACCUACAUUUUUGCAUGGUACAACAUGUGGAUACCACAGAACUUUCAAUAAAGUAACCAUCAUGUGAAUUAAGAGACUGUGUUGGAUCUGCCUGAUCCAAGAGGACAAGAAAUUGCAGGUGUUUGUCAGGCAUGCUGCACACUCUUGAGUUACCAGUACAAAUAUACUUAUGUUCCAAGUUCCUUUGCUGUAUCUCUGCUCAUCCUAUGCUGAACUGUAGCUGGUGUGAUACCUUUUGUAUAGAAGAUGAUGGGACAAAAAGUGGUUAGAAAAUCAUUCACAUUUUGUGCCAUGAUUUUCCUGCAGGAGACUACAAAUUUAAUCUUUUGAUAACCUUUAAGAGAAGAUACCUACAAAAUGCCUCCAAGACCAUCAUCCGGUGAAUUAUGGGGCAUCCACUUAAUGCCACCAAGAAUCCUAGUGGAAUGUCUUCUACCAAAUGGUAUGAUAGUGACUUUAGAAUGCCUCCGUGAGGCCACUUUGUUAAAUAUUAAACAUGAACUCUUUAAAGAAGCUAGAAAAUACCCUCUCUAUCAACUCCUUCAAGAUGAGUCUUCUUACAUUUUCGUAAGUGUUACACAGGAAGCAGAAAGAGAAGAAUUUUUUGAUGAAACACGGCGACUGUGUGAUUUGCGGCUCUUUCAGCCUUUUCUAAAAGUUAUAGAACCAGUAGGCAACAGAGAAGAGAAGAUUCUCAAUCGUGAGAUCGGUUUUGCUAUUGGUAUGCCUGUCUGUGAAUUUGACUUAGUUAAAGAUCCAGAAGUUCAGGACUUCAGAAGAAACAUUCUUAAUGUUUGUAAAGAAGCAGUAGAUAUGCGAGAUGCUAAUGCACCCCAUAGUAGAGCGUUGUAUGUCUGUCCUCCAAAUAUAGAAUCUUCGCCUGAGUUGCCUAAGCACAUAUACAAUAAACUAGAUAAAGGGCAAAUAAUAGUGGUGAUAUGGGUUAUUGUCUCCCCUAACAAUGACAAACAGAAGUAUACCUUAAAAAUAAAUCAUGACUAUGUACCAGAACAAGUAAUUGCUGAAGCAAUCAGGAAAAAAACACGAAGUAUGUUGUUGUCAUCAGAACAGCUAAAACUCUGCGUAUUAGAAUACCAGGGGAAGUAUAUAUUAAAAGUAUGUGGUUGUGAUGAGUAUUUGUUAGAAAAACACCCCCUGAGUCAGUAUAAGUAUAUCCGGAGCUGUAUCAUGCUUAGUAGAAUGCCCAACUUGAUGUUGAUGGCUAAGGAAAGUCUUUACACCCAACUGCCGUUGGAUACCUUUACAAUGCCAUCUUAUUCUCGGCGUAUCUCUACUGCUACACCAUACAUGAAUGGAGAAGCUUCUGCCAAAUCUCUUUGGGCUAUUAACAGUAAUCUUAGAAUAAAGAUUCUCUGUGCCACCUAUGUAAAUGUAAAUAUUCGGGACAUUGACAAGAUCUAUGUUCGGACUGGUAUAUAUCAUGGAGGAGAACCAUUGUGUGAUAAUGUGAAUACACAGAGAGUACCUUGCUCCAAUCCCAGAUGGAAUGAAUGGCUGCAAUAUGAGAUGCAUAUUCUUGAUCUUCCACGUGCUGCUCGGCUUUGCCUUUCUAUCUGCUCCGUUAAAGGCAGAAAGGGUGCAAAGGAGGAGCACUGCCCAUUGGCGUGGGGGAAUAUUAACAUGUUUGAUUACACAGACACUCUUGUUUCUGGCAAAAUGGCUCUGAAUCUGUGGCCUGUACCUCAUGGGUUGGAAGACCUGCUAAAUCCCAUUGGAGUUACUGGAUCAAAUCCAAACAAGGAAACUCCAUGUCUGGAGUUAGAAUUUGACUGGUUUAGCAGUCCUGUAAAGUUUCCUGACAUGUCAGUAAUUGAAGAUCAUGCCAAUUGGACUAUAUCUCGAGAACUAGGAUUUAACUACAGUCAUGCUGGACUGAGUAAUAGACUAGCUAGAGACAAUGAAUUAAGAGAAAGUGAUAAAGAGCAGCUCCGUGCAAUCUGCACUCGAGACCCUCUGUCUGAAAUAACUGAACAAGAAAAGGAUUUUCUUUGGAGCCACAGGCACUAUUGUGUAAAUAUGCCAGAAAUUCUACCUAAGCUGCUUUUGUCUGUUAAAUGGAACUCAAGGGAUGAAGUAGCCCAGAUGUACUGCUUGAUAAAAGACUGGCCUCCCAUCAAGCUUGAACAAGCAAUGGAGCUUUUGGACUGCAAUUACCCAGAUCCUGUGGUGCGAGCAUUUGCAAUUCGGUGUCUAGAAAAAUAUUUGACAGAUGACAAACUCUCUCAGUAUUUGAUUCAGUUGGUACAGGUUCUGAAAUAUGAGCAAUACUUGGAUAAUCUGUUGGUGAGAUUUUUACUUAAGAAGGCUCUAACCAAUCAGAGAAUAGGACAUUUCUUCUUUUGGCAUCUGAAAUCUGAAAUGCACAAUAAAAAUGUGAGCCAGAGAUUUGGUCUGCUUUUGGAGUCCUACUGCCGAGCAUGUGGGAUGUACCUAAAACAUCUGAGCAGGCAAGUGGAAGCUAUGGAGAAACUGAUUAACCUCACAGACAUCCUUAAACAGGAGAAAAAGGAUGAAACACAAAAGGUACAGAUGAAAUUCCUUGUGGAACAAAUGAGACGGCCAGAUUUCAUGGAUGCAUUGCAAGGUUUUAUAUCUCCUCUCAAUCCUGCUCAUCAGCUUGGAACUCUUAGGCUUGAGGAGUGCAGGAUUAUGUCAUCUGCUAAGAGACCAUUAUGGCUGAAUUGGGAAAACCCAGAUAUUAUGUCUGAGCUGCUGUUUCAGAACAAUGAGAUCAUCUUUAAAAAUGGGGAUGAUCUGCGUCAGGAUAUGCUCACACUUCAAAUAAUUCGAAUUAUGGAAAACAUUUGGCAAAAUCAAGGCCUUGAUCUUAGGAUGUUGCCAUAUGGUUGUUUAUCUAUUGGUGACUGUGUGGGACUCAUUGAAGUAGUGAGAAAUUCACAUACAAUCAUGCAGAUCCAAUGCAAAGGUGGCCUUAAAGGUGCACUGCAAUUCAACAGUCAUACUUUACACCAGUGGCUCAAAGACAAGAACAAGGGGGAAAUGUAUGAUCCUGCUAUUGAUUUGUUUACACGCUCUUGUGCUGGCUAUUGUGUAGCUACUUUCAUUCUUGGAAUUGGAGAUCGUCACAAUAGCAAUAUUAUGGUGAAAGAUGAUGGGCAGCUGUUUCAUAUUGAUUUUGGACACUUCUUGGAUCACAAAAAGAAGAAGUUCGGCUAUAAACGGGAGCGUGUGCCAUUUGUGUUAACACAAGAUUUCUUGAUAGUGAUUAGUAAAGGAGCCCAAGAAUGUACCAAAACUAGGGAAUUUGAAAGAUUCCAGGAAAUGUGCUACAAAGCUUAUCUCGCAAUCCGACAGCAUGCCAAUCUCUUCAUAAACCUCUUCUCCAUGAUGCUGGGAUCAGGGAUGCCAGAACUACAGUCUUUUGAUGACAUUGCAUAUAUUCGCAAAACUCUUGCUUUGGACAAAACUGAACAGGAAGCACUUGAGUAUUUCAUGAAACAGAUGAAUGAUGCUCAUCAUGGUGGCUGGACAACAAAAAUGGACUGGAUCUUCCACACAAUCAAACAGCAUGCCUUGAACUGAGACAAAAAUAAAGACAAUGGAAAACUGACAACCCAUUUUGUGGAUAUUCCACUGCACUGCUGAUUGUUUGGCAGUAAGGAAUUCAUUGUGUUGUAAUUGCACAAACCAAGAACAGCAUUUGAACUUGCAGAAGAUUAAAAACUUAUAAACCAGGUUUUUGAAUACUACAAAUUGUGCAUUUCAAAAUAUAACUUUCUUAUGUGUACAGUCAUAUUAUGCCUUAAGUCCACAAACUUUGAAGAUUUGUUUAUCUUGGUUUGUUUAAUUAGAUAAUCUGUACUAGCAUUAAAACCAGUCUUUCACAUGUUCCAUUUAGCCUGGUGAAAAUUGGAUAAAUGUCAGUUGCAGAAGAUUGAAACAAAGAAGGUUUAGCAAUACAGUUUAUUGCUCCUGAAUGAGCUCUACUCAACAAAUUAUAGGAGAUGAUGCCUUUUUAAUGUCAGAUAUAAUUGGUGGAUUUAAGAAUAGCAAUCUUUCUCAGUUUUUGACUGACCAUCUAGUCCUUAGGAAUAGAUUUUAAGAUUCUGCUGGACAGUAUUAAUAGGAUUUUAAAAGUACCUCCCUUUCACCUCAAACAUCUGGCUAAUGGGGAGGAUUGGGUUUAGUGCAACACUUUGCAUUUUAUUUUAUUUUUAACCUGAACCUCAAAACAUUUUUCAUGCAUGUUUUCCAGAGCCUAAAAAGAGGUGAGUUGUUAGAAUUAAAGAUUAUUUUUAUAAAGGUUAUUUAUAUAACAGAAACUAUUAAUAUAUAAUAUUUCUUUACA